GUAGUCUUCAAUGCAAAUUGCACAUAAUUUAUCUGUAACAAAGAGAAUAAAAUACACCAGAUUAAUCACUAAUACAUCUCUCACCUGAAUUUAGAUGUUUAUUUAGAGGACAUUCAUUUUGUUUCACAUAAAAAUAGGUACAGUCGACGAAGACGAAAUGGCAGAGUCGGAAGUUCUUGAUUUAGAUUUAAACAUUGAAGAUCUUGUACCCAAAAGCCCGGAGAGCCUGGCUGAAGAAAAAAAAGACAGUGGUAAUUAUUUAUAUAAGUUUAAAAAUUACAAAGGAGCAUUGGCUAUGUAUGAUGAAGCCAUAAAACUGUGCCCAGAAAAUGCAGCAUAUUAUGGCAACAGAUCUGCAUGUUACAUGAUGCUAUGCAUGUAUAAGAAGGCUCUUGAAGAUGCACAGAAAGCUGUAUCAUUGGAUCCGACAUUCACCAAAGGAUACAUACGGGCUGCGAAAUGUUGUAUUGCGUUAGGAGAUCUAUUAAAUGGUGAGCAAGCUGUUCGACGGGCCACUGAGUUAGGUGGUGUUGAGUGUGUUAGUGGUGAAUUGCGGGCAUUGGAAACACUCAAACGGUUACAUGAAGAUGCCCAGCGUGCCCUUGAUGCUAAUGAUUAUCGACGUGUAGUGUUCUGUAUGGACCGUUGCCUAGACUACAGCCCCUCUUGCACCAAAUGUAAACUGACAAAAGCUGAAUGCUUAGCGUUGCUAGGACGCUGCCAGGAAGCCCAGGAGAUUGCUAAUGAUUUACUACGACUUGAUAGUCAGGAUACAGAGGCUAUAUACGUCAGGGGACUAUGUUUGUAUUUUGAAGACAGAGACGAACAAGCGUUUAAACACUUUCAACAAGUAUUGCGUCUCAAUCCAGAUCAUAAGAAAGCUGUGGAAACCUACAAGAGAGCUAAACUAUUAAAACAAAAGAAAGAAGAAGGUAAUGAAGCUUUCAAAAUGGGACGCUGGCAACAAGCUCUAGCACUUUACAACGAAGCGUUAACUAUAGACAAAAACAACAGGACCGUCAAUGCCAAGCUCCACUUCAACAAGGCCACCGUCUGUGCGAAGCUGAACAUGCUCAAUGAAACCGCCGAAGCGUGCACCGCUGCCCUCGAACUCGACGAAAACUACGUAAAGGCUCUUCUGAGACGAGCCAAAUGCUACACGGAGCUCGGCGAAUACGAGGAGGCCGUUAAAGACUACGAAAGACUGUACAAGAUCGAUAAGAGCAAACAAACCAAACAGUUGCUGCACGAGGCCAAGAUGGCGCUGAAGAGAUCGAAACGUAAAGAUUAUUACAAAAUCCUUGGUGUCGACAAGAGUGCUUCAACAGACGACAUUAAAAAGGCGUAUAGGAAACGCGCUUUAGUCCAUCAUCCGGACAGACACGCCAGCGCCACAGAGGUGGAACGUCGCGAGCAGGAGCGUCGCUUCAAGGAAAUAGGAGAAGCCUACGGCAUCCUUAGCGAUCCCAAGAAACGUAAACGCUACGACGACGGACACGACCUCCAUGAUGACGGCGCAGGAAUGAGUGAUAUCGACCCUAAUGUAGUAUUCCAGUCCUUCUUCGGAGGUAAUCGGCCGCAAUUCGAUUUCCACUCCGGUAGCAGUUUCCCAGGCUCUGCGUUCAGUUUCCAAUUUGGAUAAAUUAUCAAAUUACACGUAAUACUACUACGCAUCACCAAUAAAAAUCUCCCAUUGGCGCAUUAACAUCAAGAUAAAACCAAAAUCAUUCCAUCUAUAAAGAAAAUUCCAAAUUUGUUUUUAUCACGGUUUAUUUUUAUCAUCAUCAGCCUAUAGCAGUCCAUUGCUGGAGAUAGGCCUCUCCAAUUACAGCCACCCUCAAACAUAUGUCCCACUUCAUCAUCUGAAUGUGUUGAGUGCAAACUUGCCCAACCUUGAGGCCACACCUCUCAGUCAUUUUGAUUACGAGAUAUGCUAAUCUGUAUGACAAUUGGAAAUUUCCACAACGUUGUCUGAGAUGACUUUAUUGGAUUACCAUGAAUUAUUCUGACUUGCCAUAAUUGGAAGGUUUGAACAUAAUGGCCACGCAGGACAUGCGACCUGGUGAUAUAGUUUAUUUUAUAAUUUGGAUAUUGUAUAUGGCUAAACAGUUUAAUGACCUUCAUCAUUUUAUAAAGGACUGAUUUAUUUAAGUAUGCAUUACAGCCUCUAGUUAAUGAGUGAACAAAAAAAUACAUUUGUGUUUUUGUUGAACAUUGUUUUCUGAAUAAAUGAUACAAAUUAGAAAGCCUGCUUUUAAACAAAAAAAAAACAAAAUGGUAACAAUAAGAAAAUGCCAAACAUAUUUUAAGAUUCAUGAUGGAACAGUAAACCUAAAGAUUGGUAAAUGUAUAAUCUCUUUCGUCUUUAUUAGACUAUAUAAGUAUUUUUCAAAUGUAAUGCUCGUUGAAAUCCCUAGUCUUUCUCGCUAAACUUUUAUCAAUAAACAUACUAAUUUGCUCCAUAUAAAAAAUAAUUCUAAUUAAUUUUUUUAUCAUUGUCUUUAGUGACUGUAAUUUGUUGUUUCGAACAUAAGCGGUAAUCAACGAUUAAAUUAAAUGAAAAUAUCUUAAAUUUCAAUAAAUACCAUCACAAUUUU